AGUGCGCACGCGCCGAGGGAGUGUUGUCGCUGGAGGGCGAAGCCUGACCCGCCCAAGGGAGCCAAGCUUUCCGGCAGAAACAAGGACGCUCUUCGGAAUUACCGGUCUUGAGUUUGCGCGCCGGGCCCUCGCGAGGGGUGAUGGGAGUUGUGGCCCGCUCCAUCAGGCGGCUGGAAGGCCCUGCUCCGGCCAAGCCCCGCCCUUUCACUUCCGGGGUCGUGCAUUUGAACCCCCGCUUCCUGUUGCCGAAAAACUAGGCCGAACCCCAACCGGAAGGCGGGUAGUGGAGGGGAAGCGCCGCUCUUUCCACAUUUCCGCGGAGAAGCGGGUAAGGCUCCCGGCAGCCCCGGAGAAGAGGGCAAGCGAAGCCUCGCCUCCGACCUUGGCGCGCGGGAUUUCAGGGCUCCUGAGCAUGUGCGGAGCGCUGCCUCCGCCCCAGAAGGCGCGGCUCCGACGCAGGGCAGAGCCGCGAGGCGGGGAUGAAGCGCCUCCCGCCAAGGCCUCCCUCCGCUUGCGGGUCCAGCUCCCUUCCCUCUGGCCCGCCCCUCCCGCAGGAGAGGGCCUUCUCGGGGGUGGCUCCUCCCUGCAUAGGGAAGCCAAAUUGGCUCCCCCUUUGCUGCCUUGCUGUUUUUGUUAUAAUUAUCUGUAUGUUUUAAACACACACAUAUGUUUGUCCUUUAAUGAACCCCCAUGCUUUUAGCUAAAAGUGACCUGUCUAUCUGAAGUUUAGAUAGAUUUCGCCUGAGUCAUAAUGUAAUGCAACAUUUUCUGGUAGAACCCAGCUGGUGUUGUGGUGUGGGGAGGGGUCCUCUUGAGAACACAACUGAAGUCCCUUCUCGCCACAGCUCAGCACAGUGUUUGUACCAGAAUGUGGUACAGUUUGAUUUGAUGCUUGUUUGGAUGUCUUAUGGCUUCUUUUUACUGAGGCUCUUAAGUCUAACAAAUGCUUGUGGGGUGGGCAAGGAAAUUUGCCCUCCAGUGGAGGACAGAAGUGCCUGGCGUGCUCUGGUCCAUGGGGUCACGAAGAGUCGGACACGACUAAACGACUAAACAACAACAAACCAGCUCUCCCAGUUCUAUGCUGUCCUUCAGUAGCAGGCAAACCAAUGUGCAUCUGUGUGAUUAAGGAAGAUAUGGCAAGCAGUGGUGCCUGACCCCCACAGGCCAGCAGUCCUCCAAGGACUGAGAGUGCACAAGGAUUUAACAUUCUAAUUCUUUAGGACCAAUUGCAUGCGCUGAUUUCCUUGGCUGCCCAUACUGGUACCAUUUGCUUAGAUCACUGUCAGAAGCAUUUCAAACAAGCACAGGUUUCUAGAGAUUGAAUUCCAAAAUCUCAGCCUUACAGCCCAUAAAUCUUGCUCUUGAUUGGGGUUAGGGAUCUUACCUUUCUUUGGCCAGAUCACUCCAUAUUUACAUCACCUAUACAAUCCCCACCAACAUAGAGCUUUUCCCGUUGCAAGAUGUAACUUCAUUCCAUCUUGCUUCUGCAAGGAAGCUUCUUGAAAAUCCCAUAUUUAGAAAGGCAUUGUCCUUGUGGUAUAAAACAGGUUGAAACCAUUGCACAUGUUUUAUUUUACUGUCCAUUUUUAUGCUGAAAUCGGCAAGAAAUAUUUAAAUCUCAUGCUGAAAGAAAGGUUUAAUUGCCCUGAUUUAUCCAAGGUUUCCUUUCUACUGACAUUAUAGUGAAUGUAGCAAAAUUUCUGAGAGAUGCCAUGAAAUGAUGUCGCUGUAAGACUUGAGAGGCACUUUUUAACCUUAUGACGUCUAUUUGUUUUAUCUUAAAGUAUCUGCUUUCAUGAACAGAUGCCAAUUUUACACUUUGACUUAUACUUGUAACCUGUGUAUGCCAGUAAAGGAUUAAUACUUAGGCCAUGGGCCAGUGGAUCAUCAGUCUGCCUGUAAUUUCAGCUCAGUUCAUUUAUUUAUUCACUUCUUGUUCACUGUAAAGAAGUUAGUAUUCCAUGCUUAAUAAUGUAAAUUCCAUGCCGCGGAAAUCCAGAUUCCAUACUAAGAAAAGCCAACCCUUACUCUAGGCUCCUGGAAUUUCAACAGCCACUGCCCAUCACACUUUGAAGCAUAGCUUUGCAUCUAUAAUGGCUAGAAAUGUGAUUCUCCAUGAAUAUGGAAAUUUGAGGUUAUUAAGACACUUGAUUCUGUGGACAGUACCAUGUAUGUAAUUAGUAAUUAUGUAAUUAGUCUCCCCUUCUGUAGAACUAUGGGAUGGACACAGUCCUCAUUGUGCCAUCUCUUGACCUUUCUUUUCAUGCUGUUUUUUUUAAAAAAUAAAUAAUAAUAAUAAAAGCUCUCGAAGGCUAACCAGGAUAUCUCUAUAGUGACACUGACUUUUAGUUGUUGUUUGUCUUUCAGGGAGAAAUGUUCAACGCAGACCUGAAAUGGCUUCCAUGAAUUUUAGAUGUAUCCAGGCAUCUAUUUCUAGAAUGCAAGCAUGUAGGCAGCUACUAACUCGAGGCACAGCCUUGAACUAUUUUGGCCAGCAAAUUAGGCAGUUCAGGUUAUGUCCCCAUGGUUCUUCAACAUUGCGAACAGUGUGUUCAGUCUGUGGUUUUCAGUGCACGGCUUGUAGAAACUACCAUAUGGAACUGGGAAAUCACCCCGGCUAUGUUACGGGAAUGGUGCAACUCCAUGGAGAAGCUGGUAACAGUGUAAAAUCUGGCAGCACGUGGACAGAUGAACAGGUGUUUUUGAAGUUGAACUGUUUCUGUUCAUACAAAGACAUUUUCAGAUUUGUAAGCACAUUGGAAAGUUUAUCUGACACCAUGGUGGCAGCUGUCCUUCAGCGGUUGUGUGAUGUUCAACUGGAGGACAGUAUGCUGAAUAAUCCAGAAGAGGUGAUGGAGGAUGAAGUCUUCAGGUCACUUUGCUUCCAGCUGGAACAAGAAUCACCAAGCCUAUCUGAAUCUGGUCUUGUAAAUUCACUAAAUGCUUUGAUAAAAUUACGUGUGGAUCCCUGGAGUACCUUGAUGGUUCGUUUGGUGUCAGAGAGCCAAGAACGUCUUGAUAAAGGCCAGAUGACUAUUAGAAAUCUGUGUGUUCUUGGAGAAUCCUUGUUCAGUCUAGAGGGUCCAAGUUGUGCUAUUCUGGAACAAAUUAUGGACCAAGUUCAAAGUACAAACCUGGAGGACUGGAAGGCUGAUGAAAUGGCUAUGGUCUACAAAAUGCUGCAGCUGGGUGUCGGGGAGAGAGGAAAGUACCAAGCCCUAUUAAACAAAAUGAGCAAUUUAACUGUAACUCGGGUUCCUCAGUUCAGCCCCGAAAUGACAAGUACAGUGUUAAAUGCUCUGGUGGUUCUUGAUCAAACCCAAGCCGUUCCUCUAGUGAUAAAGCUUUGCAAGCAUUCAGUACGGCACAUCCCAUAUUUCACUGACAAUGAGCUAGAAAAGGUGCUGGAGGCUUUCAUUCAUUUUGGACACAACGACCAGUUCUUCACUGAAGCUCUAGAAAGACAUGUUGCCAAAUACGCCUUCACCAUGCAUCCCUGUGCCGUUUCCAAAGUCAUGCAGUUCUGCAGCAGGAAGCGCAUCCUUUCUAAAAGCAUCUUCAAUGCAGUGGCAGAAAGUUUCAUCUACAAUGCUGACAACUUCACCACUGCUCAGAUCGCUGAGCAGAUUAUUCCAUUUGGGAAACUCAACUAUUUGCCUCCGUGUGCUCCUUCUCUUUUCCAAAAGCUUGAAAGGAUACUCAGCACUCGAUCGGCCCAGUUUCAGCCUCAUGUAUUCUUGAGCCUUCUUCAUGCAUGCACCCUAGUUGAACGCUAUCCCCUGAAUUUCCUGGCAAAAGUCUUUAGUCCCUAUUUUCUGCAGCAGUUGCAAGGUAAGUAUAUAGCUUGUCUAGGGAUGUGGAUGUUCAGAAAUGUCACCUCAUAUAAAUGACAUGCCCCUGGUAACAUUGUUAACUCACAUGGGCUAGUAAUGGAAGUUGUGAAUUUACAUUGGAGAACAGGAGUGGGUCUUGGAGAGACCUUGGGAAAUUACAUCUGCAGUAGGAUUGAAGUGGGGCAGGAGCUCAGGGGUAGCCUCCCAGUAUUUUGUUAGUUGUACAGCAGAGUUGGUAGCAAAUCUUACUUUACACUCCCCUUGGUGACUCUAGUAGCUUUCCUGUGAAAUGAAAGCUUAGGAAAUAGCUUUAAGCAGCUGUUUCUUAGCCCCCCCUUUUUUUUAAAAAAAGGGAAAUAAAUUGUGUAACCAUCUUUCUUGAUGCCUCUGAUUCUUUUAUCCCAGCUGAAGAAUCUGGUUUGAAGAAGUCUGUUCUUUCUCAGUUGACCCAGCUAUUUCUAACAGUUACACUGGAGUGUCCUUCCUACGAGGUAUGAGAAAAUGCUAUUCAUUUUUGUGCAUGUUUUGAUCCUGCACAUGUUUAUUCAGAAUAGGCAACAGUGUUGCAUAAUAAAAUAAGCAGCCUUAAGUAAUGAUGCUAAUUAGUAACUGUCAAUAGCAGCAGUCAUACUGAAUUUUGCUGGUAGCUUAGUGUUCCGUGCGUGGCCCGUUGGGCUUUCAGUUCAUCCGAGUACCUAUAGAAGGACCUUCCAAAAAAAGACUGCAAAUAACUUGUUCUGCGCCACCAAGUGUUCCCUUGCAACCCAUUCCUGUCCUUGUACCAAACUGCUUGCAUAUUUAUUAGUAUUUCUACCUGCAGGAAGAAACUGCUUAUUUUCCUCUCCUGUCUUAAUAGGGUCCCCAACUCCUUCCCAAGUACAUUGUCAAGUCCUUUCUCACGCCAGAUCGUUCAAUGGAGUCCUUGGUAGACAGUCACCUCUACAGCAGAGUAAAGGCUGGCCUCACUGACCUCUUGGGGGCCCGGAUAUAUUUUGCCUCUCACGUGUUGACACCAUACUGCUAUACUCUGGGUAGGGAAGCUGUUGCUAAUGCGUGUCUUGCUGAAUGCAAAUGUUAAUGGUCAUAGUCCCAUAAUUAUGAAAAUUUCUGUUUCAGUGUGUAAAGUAAUGCUGCAUUAAUCUUCAACAGACCUGUACUUUGCAUGAAUGAAUGCAGUAACAAAACAAACAAACAAACAAACAAACAAACCCUUCACAAAGUUAUAGCUGAUCCCUGACAUGAUUGCUUCUCCUAAAUAGUAGAGUUACUUGCCAAAUGCCUCCUUGCUCAGCAUAAUAUUGCGGGAAAUUCCCAUGGUUGUGUGUGUCAGUAUCCGGUUGACUGCCAGAUACUAUACUAUUCUGCAGAAGGAAAAGGGGUCCUUACCAUCAUAGAAACCCUCUUUUGACCCAUCCACCCCCCACCCCCCAUUUUCCAUUCACAUGCAGACUAAAUGAGUUGGAAAUAGGAUGUAGACUAUACCUUUAUCCUCUUGCUACCUUUAAUACUUAAUGUUUUUCUAUUAUGAGAGAUGGUUUUUUUUUUAACAGAUCUCAUACUUUGUAUUCAUAUCAAGUGUAGAUAAGAAGCAGAAAGGCCCACAUAUGCUUUCCACAUUCCAGAUGGUAAAGAAGAAUAAUGCUCAAGUAUUUUGGGUGGUUUUGCCCAAACAAAAAGAGGCACAACAUUUAUAGUAUAUGCUAUAGAAGAGGCAUAUCCAACUUUCAAGAGACUGAGAUCUACUCCCACUAUUAAAAAAACUGGCAGUGAUCUACCAAAAUUGUAGAGAUUUUUUUAGGAAGUCAAAAUUGUUGGGCCUUUUUUCCUUUCCUUUUUUCUUUUUUUGAGUCGGGGGGGGGCAGGGCAGCAAUCUACCACAGAGCCCUCGCAAUCUACCUGUUGACCAUCCCUGCUAUAGAAACAUAGUAACUUUUGUCUUGCUCCUUCCUCGCACCAGAUAUUGAGAUUAAACUCAAUGAUGAAGGAUUUGUACUACCAGCUAAUAGACAUGAAGAGGCGUACCAAAGGUAAGCAAGAUGCUAAAUAUAAACAGAGUAGUGCAAGUGGUGUACAAUUUUCUGUUCUUUCAAUUUGUGUCUUUGCUCGUUGCUUCCCUGGGGCUGCAUCCCACAGGACUCCAGAAACAUUUCAGUUAAACAAUUGCACUGAGAGACAGACCACUUUCAAACAACUUGUUCUGUGGCACCAGCCCAUGGCAAGGUGUGCUCCUCCUGUGGGAUCUUCCCCUGGGGUCGAGGUACUUCACAAGAUUCUGUGGUUCAAAUGCUAAGAGCAAUAUGACAUCCCACCGCAGGGAAAUGGCAGCCACAUUGCACCAUGGAGGUUUUGUCAGGUCUUUGUAUUACCCAAGACGUGUAAUAACCUAAAAAACAACUAUGCAGGAUGUCAUAAAAGUUUGAUUCAAAUGCAAUAAAUAUUUAAUCUUAUUUUGUGUUUGAUUGGCAGAAUAGCUCUCUGCAUUGAUGAUCAAAGAAGAUUUUGCACCAACAGUCACAAUCUUCUUGGAAAAGAGGCCAUUAAGCAAAGGCACCUACAGCUAGCUGGUUACGAAGUUGUGCAGGUAAAUAUUUGAAGUAGUUGGGGUGAAUCAAAUGGUUGCUGUUCAAAGCAGAUAGGAAAAUUGCAGGCAAGAUAGUGUGAACAGCAGGUAGCACUGGAAAUCCAUAUUGCUGCCUCAGACUCUCUCUUGACGCUUGGGCUCUUAAGAGCUGAUACCUACCCCCAUUGAAUGCUUAAUCUGGACCUGGAAAAUGUCAACAAUUGCAGGCCAGUGGUUAAUAUCCUAUUCCUGGGCAAGUUGCUGAAGAGAGUGGCAGCUGGCAAAUGCUAGGAUACUUCUGGAUGAAGCUGGGGUUUUUGUUUUGUUUUUGGGUUUUUUUAACCAUUUUGAUUUGGCUUCAGAACUGGCUUUGGCACAGAGAAACUGCCUUGGUCAUAACAAGAUGACCUUUCCCAAGAAAGAGAAGGUCAGGGGAGCGUGGCUCUGCUGGAUUCCUCAGACCUCUCAGCGGCUUUCAGUACUGUUGACCAUGGCAUCCUUCUUAACAGUCUGACUGAGCUGAGUGUUGAAGGCACUGCUUAGGACUGGUCCUGCUUCUAUUUGGAGGAGCAGUUCCAGAGGGUGGGGCUGUUGGAACACCGCUUGACCCUAUGGCAGCUUUGCUUGGGGUCCCCACAAGGUUCCACACUCUGCUCCAGGCUGUGGAACAUCUACAUGAAGCAGAUGGAAGAGGUCAUCCAGAGAUUUGGCGUCAAGUGUCACCAAUAUACAGGUGACACCCAACUUCAUCUCUUUGUCGCUGACUUCAGGCAAGGCUAUGGGCAUCCUGAAACAAUUCAUGGUCACAGUAAUGGACUAGAUUGGGGUUAAUAAAUGGAAACUCGUUCCAGAUGAGGCAGAGGUACUGUUAUUGGGUGGUUCACUCCCCACAGGUGAAUGGGAUUGCUAGGAGAAUUCUAUCCUAGGUGUAUAUAAUUCUUCCCAAAGAUGGAAUAGAUCUAUAAAAGUAGUUUCCAAACUUCUCCUGCCCUCCAUGAACCACUUGAAGAUCACUCAGCAGACCACUCAAUGGUUUUUCUGCCUGUUGUAUCAGUUGUGAUGUGCUAUAGUGGCUGUGGAUUGAUUUUUAAUUAAUUUUUUAUUGCUCUUUUUAUUUCUUAUAUCAAAAACUAUAGGAUACAAUACAUAAGAAAAAAUAAGCAACAGACCAAUUCCUCUAAUUUCACAGAAGAAAAAUUAUCUGAGUUUGCUUCCUGAAAAAUCCUUUCAGUAAUACAUUCUUCCUUCCUUUUAACUUUCAGAUUCCAUUUUUUGAAUUUGAGUCACUGAAGACCAGAAGUGAUAUAGUGGAAUACCUGCACAAGAAAAUUUUUUCUAACUCUUAUAGGCUCAGCUGGUGAUUGAAAUAGAAUCCAAAUGAUGCUGACAGAUCUAUGAAGAUUGGUUUAUUAUUAUUAUUUUAAAUUUGGGACUUGGUAAGCUACUGUGAUUUUAAAAAAACUAAAUCUUGUUUUCUGGGCCAGUCAUUGAGUUAUCGAAUUGUAGAGCUGGAAGAGACCCCAAGGGUCAUCUAGGCCUUCCCCCUGCAAUACCGGAAUCUCAGCUAAAGCAUUCAUGACAGAUCCAACCUCUGCUUAAAAACCUUCAAGAAAGGAGAGUCCACCACCUCCUGAGGGAGACCGUUCCACUGUGGAACAGCUCAGUCCUCUAACAAUACAUAAAGAGAAUGUGCCAAAAGGCUGGUAAAAUACAACUAAAUUUAUUUUUUAGUGUGACUGUAUUCAUCCCAAAUAAAACUGGGAAAAAUAUUUUGUUACACCCUCCCCCCCCCCCCCGGGCCCAAAACAAAUUGCCACAGGAAAUGCCAAGAGAUUUGUUAUUUUCAGGCUAUUGACACUUCACGGAUGCCUGAAUUUGUGAGCUGAACUAGCAGUGACAUUAAAGUGAUGUUUAAUGUUAAUAGCUAGCAGGAGAGGCUGUUUUACUAAGGGAUUACAGGAAGGUGUGUUAGUUAUUUCUUCCCCCUGCAAUCCUGAUGAAGACAAACACUGAAGCUGCUAUAUUGGUGCUAAUGGAAACUCCCCUUCUAGGGCUAAUUCCACCAUUUGGACUAUACAGGGGGGAAAGGAUUAAACUCAUUCACUGAAAAAACACCCACAUUUGCAGUGAAAAUGCUCCAACCUUGUUAGUUUCACCUCUAAGAAGUCCUUCCCCGUCUUGUUGCAACAUCUUAGAACCAUUUUAAAGCAGUUAAAUGAAAACCCAUCCCAGAUACAACUUCCAGACACAUUUGCUUGGACCCCAAAGUGUCAGGUCGCUUAGACAUUGCCCUUUGGAUUCUGGCCCCUUAAAGUUACAAUAAUACCUGUGAUGGCACUAAAAGAAACAUCACUGCCAGUCCAAGUGGCUUGUAAGUUUCUUCCAAAUUGCUUCUCACCUCAAGCCAUGGUUGUGUCUGCCUGCUUUUUACAGCUACAGGCUAAGAGCUGUAACAAUAACAAUACUGUAUAGAAAUAGAGAUUUAAAUAGAUAUUUGGGGCUGUAAAUCUUGAUUUGAAUAAUUCCCUUCUUCAAGCACUAGGGCAGGGAUCGCCUGGCACAUUUUGAAUUCUGAGAAAGUGCCAUGGACACCCUUCAAAAAAUGGCUGCCAUGGAGGAGUGGCGUAAUAGAAAAUUGGGGAGACUUUAGUAAUUGCCAUCAUUCCCACACCUGGAUAACCUCCGGCUUACAAUGGGAAGUCUGCUAUGUCCUGCUGAGUGUGGAGACUGCACAAUAUUGAUUCUCUCUCAGACAAACACACAGAGGAUGUUGCUGCCUAAUUGCAACAGGGAGCAUUCCCCAGUACCAAGAAAAUUACAUGGUGCCCACACUACAUUCACACUCAGGUGCACAUAGAACCAUCAGGUGAUAGAACUGUAGAGUCAUCUAGUCCUACCCCCUGCAAUGUAGGAAUCUCAACAAAGCAGACACAUACAGACCGCAGGCACACAGCCAUUGGUCUGCCACCCACACAGACAUCUCUCACAGACCACAAAUGCCUGUGUUCCUUCUCUCAAAGAGCACUUAUGCUCCCCCUCCCCUUCUCACUACUCAGGCAGCUCUUCCUCUGGGCACCCACGGGAUUUUUCCCCAGACCAGAGUGGGGAAGUAACUGAGAGGGGUUGGAGCAGGCUAGUUUCUCACAAAAAAUUGGCGGAAUGCUGCUUAUAUAUUUUGCUUCAUAUCUCAGAUUCUAAAAUACUAUAAGCUUUUCUUAAAAAUGAAUCUGGGGAUUAUGGUUCAUCCCAGAUGCAGCAAAGAAGGCCUUUGCAGGCGCCAUAACACCUCUGAAUGUGAGAUUGGUGACCCCUGAACUUGGACACAGCUCCAGCCCAAGUUUGGUGGGCUGCCUUUGGCUCUGUGAAUCAUGAUGUGCAUACUGUACUGUCAAAUAAAUGCAUAUCUUUUCCUAAGCUUUUUUAUUUUGCAGAUUUAUCAUUAUCUGAGCAUUCUGAAUGCAUGGAUGAAGAAUUUUGCUUUCUAGCUAUACUAAGCUGUUAACACUAUAAGACAUGGUAACGAUGAGAUAUGCAACAAGGUUUUGUUUCCAAGAAUGAGGGGAGAAAAGACACAUUAAGCAAAAGCAUGUUGUCAGCACCUUCAUUUGUGAUCUAACAUCCAUUGAUUUGUGAAUCAAAGCUCUAACCUGCAUAUUAUUAGCAUGUCAUAAGAAAUGGUUGAGUGUAGUACUCACAGACAAGCACAUGGCUGCUUUAGCAAGCAGGAUGCACUGAAAAAAGCGGAAACCCCCUUGUCAUGGGAGCAACUGCACCCUCUUCCCCGAAUAUUGUAUUAUGAGCUAAUGCUCCUUGUAGAAUGCUGUUGUGAGCUGCUCGUUGCAUAAAUGUUGCCAUGUUACAGGCACAUUCAAGUAAAACAUGCCUCACUUAAUUUAGCAACCCUGCAAAGAAUUCAUCAGAUGAUCUGAUGCAAUAUUGGAUUUUCCCCAAAAUCCCAGUAGCACAGUACAGGAAAUAAUACAGAAACAAAACCCAGGCACAUUAUUUCUUCCCUGCUAUCAAUCACAACAAGUAGCCUUAGGUUGCUUCAAUGUUUCUGGAUGAUUUUUCUAUCAAGCAAGCUAUUCCGUUUUUCCUGUAGAAUUCCGCCUGAACGUGUUUAAUGCGCACAUGGUCUCGGACCAGCUGCUCCACGGGCUUGUCUAUGCGUCGCCCAUAUUCAGAGGAGGACAAGACUGCCAUAGGCCUUGCUUUUUCCUGUUAAGAAAUGUUAGAUGUUAUUUCUGAGUAUGGCAAGAGGGUGAAACUGGUGGUUAGUGCAGGGCUGCUGCCAAAAUGUUCUUUCCUCCGCUCCCUGCCCAUCUUGUGGUAUCAUUCUGCCAGGUGCCUUCCCACUUUUGAUCCACAUCUAGAGCAAAGGUGGAACAGGGUGGAGGGGGACAGGGUGGGGGUGGAGGGACAGGCCUGUGUCCUCCUAGUGGUGCAGCAAUGAAAUUGCUAGCACAUUUGCAAAGCUAAGCAGGGUCUGGUCUGGUUUAAAUUUGGAUGGGGGAAACUGCCAAGAUUUCUGCAUUGCAGGGGGCUGAACUAGACGACCCCGGGAGGCCCUUCCAACUCUUUGCUUCUAUAAAUGGUGGUGGGUGUUUCAUGGGACUGUGCUUUGGGUUUGCAUUUGUGUUCUUGGUGCUCCUGGUUGCCCUCCUCUAGGUGCACUUCAUUGUCAGUGUCCUUUACUGUCUAUAGUCUUUAGUAUCAUUACUGUUGCUGGUGAGAGAGAGGAGCAUUCAUAAAAUUGACACAGCUAUGGUCCAUGAAGUGGGCUCAGAGUGACCACUAGCUGUUCUUGUCGCCUCCUCAAACCUACACGAUACUUAGCAUUUGUAAAGCACUUUGCAGCAGGUGUGGCAGCCUGUGGCUCCCCGGCUAUUGAUGAACUGCCACUCCCACCAGCACCAGCCGGCAUGGCCAGUGGCCAAGGAGGAGGGGAGCUGCAGUUCUCAUGACUGGGAGAACAGAAAGAUGAGCAAAUAGUGAUUGCCGUCAAACUGCAGCCCAGUCAAGAGAUCAUCAAUUUGGUCACCUCAUCAUUAAUAUGAAGUCCUCUGCUUUUGGCGUGUUCUCUGUCACAGCGGUGGAGUUUUUCGUCAUAGCCCAUGGGUCUUUUAAAGAUGCAGUCGUACAGGGAAACAAUUCCUGGCUUAAAAAUAAAGGGGGGAAGAAAUGCCAUGCCGUUAACUGACAAGAUGACACAGGUUACAAAGAAUCAUACCAAUAAAACUGACAGAUAU